GGAGCAGGAGGGAGGGAGCGGAGGACGCGGGCCUCGGGCAGUAGAGACGCAAGGCGGAGGAGCCGCUGCACCCGAAUCCCCGCAGCACCGGAGAGGGAAUGAUGUGCACAGGCGGCCUCUGAGGCUGCGCCACUAGAGCAGCAGCUGCAUAGGCGGCGGCAGGCCCUGAGUCCCUAGCUCAUCUCUAGCUGGGAGGGACCAGCGAGCAGCCGCGGUGACCCAAGUUCCCGCCAUGAGCAGCUGGCUGGCAGGAUUCAGCAGCGCUGGGAACUCCCGUCUGGGCUAGCGCACCGCCCAGCGUCCCCGACGCACCUGACGCGGCCACCCCCAAUCCUGCUACCUCCACCGCCACCGCUGCGUCUCCGCCGCCACCUCUGUCACCGCCGCUUCAUCUGCAGCAGCAUCUCCAGCAGCAUGUCGCGCAGGAAGAUCUCAUCCGAGUCCUUUAGCUCUCUGGGCUCUGACUAUCUGGAGACUAGCCCCGAGGAGGAAGGGGAGUGCCCCCUGUCCAGGCUCUGCUGGAAUGACAGCAGGAGCCCGCCAGGGCCACCGGGAUCCAGAUCUGCUGCCAACACUGCCACCCCAGCUCCCGCUGCCUCCGCCGCCACGGCCGCUGCUGCUGCGGCCGCCGGGUCCAAGAGGGCGCAGCGACGCCGGAGGGUAAACCUGGACUCCCUAGGCGAGAGCAUCAGCCUCCUGACAGCGCCCUCGCCUCAGACUAUACAGCUGACUCUGAAGAGGACAUUGCAGUACUAUGAACAUCAAGUUAUCGGUUAUAGGGAUGCAGAAAAGAAUUUCCACAAUAUCUCUAACAGAUGCUCCCAUGCAGACCAUUUCAACAAAGAGGAACUUGAAGAUGUCUCAGAAAUUCUCCAGUGUACUGCUAAUGUACUCGGUAUAUUAAUUAUACAUUUAUAUAAUUGACAGAUUAUAAGUGGAAGGGGAAGCAAAGGUAUUAGUGUUUCAUUUUCAUUUAGAGAAUGUAGUAGAGAAUUGGAGACCACGAACUUGUAUUUAAGUAUCUAGUUUUACACCCAUGAAGAUAUUUGAAUGAUAAUUACAAACAUGUCACUUACUUAUAAAUUCAAAAAUAUUAUUUCAAAUUCUUACA